AGCCUAUGUACAUUUAAAAAAAAAAAAAAAAAAAAAGUGCUUUAUAAAGUUUUGACUCAACUGAUAAACAUUUUACUUAAAUUUGGCAAAAAGUUUUAUUUUUGAGCACUGAAUCUCAUAAAGUAGUAAGUAAAGAACAGAUUCUAAUAGUGAUGUUCACAUUUGAGAGCCACAAAUUAAAGGGAGAACAAAAAACUACAAAACAUUUCACCGUCGCAGUAUGAUGACGUCAUCUCUCCGGGACGCGGACACCGGUGAAUUUGAGGAAAAGGGAGGCAGGCAUGGAGUUCUGUGGAGGCAAGCGGCUGUGAGCUGAUGUCCAGCGGAAUUGAUGAUACUAUUCCUGGUUUCCCAACAUGGAGGCUGACACAGAGCUGGACCCGGACACUGACGACCUCCCUCUCAGAGCCAACACCAAACACAUCCUGGUCCGCCAUUACGUUCUGGAUCUGACCGUCCACUUUGACAGGAGAGUGAUCAGUGGGAAUGUGGUGCUAUUUCUGGAGCCCACUGAAGCAGAGGCAGAAGGAGAAGAGACAGGUGGAGAGACAAGAGCAGGAGAAGAGACAGGGGAAAGGGCAGGAGCAGGAGCAGGAACACAUGCAGGGGCAGGAGAAGAGAUACGGACAGGGGCAGGAGGGGAGGCUGAUGGACAGAGAAGACCUGAUUCAGCUGGAGAUGGCGUAGAGGAGUCCAGAGCUUCCGGGGAAACAGCUUCUUUGCACUCGUGGGAAAGCCGUGGUGACAGGGAGGACUUCACCUUGGUGCUGGACUGCUGCGACCUCUCGGUGUCAAAGGUCGAGGAAGUGGACAUAACCUGCGUGUUGGGGUCGCCUGGCUGCUCGGUGCAGACAGAUAAGGUCACACCUCUCAGCUCUGGGUCCGCACUCGCACACAGACUCAUGUCCAUGCCCUCCCAGAGCUGUAGGGGGCAGCACCAGCUCUACUCUCAGUGCAGCCGGGCCCCCUCUGUCCAGGGAGGGGGACAGCUGUGGUUUUGCACUGACCGAUGGAGUCUAAAGGUGAGGAAAAGAGGAGUCGUCUCACCACAGGAGUUCCCACGUGUCCUGAGGAUCUUUUACGAGACCCGACCAACAGGGGGCUCUGUACGCUGGACCCACGAUCAGGGCAACAGGUCUUGUGUGUACACCGCUGGAUCUCCCAUCAACAACCGCGCGCUGUUUCCAUGCCAGGAGCCGCCCGUUGCCAUGUCGACGUGGCAGGCGCUGGUGAGGGCCCCUGCCGAGUGUGUGGUUCUGAUGAGCGGAGAGGAGCAGGCGGUGCCCAAGCAGGAGUCUAGCACAGGCUUCUUAAUCUGGUCUUAUUAUGUGACGAUGCCCAUGCCGGCCUCCACCUUGGCACUGGCAGUGGGCCAUUGGCACCAGGUCUCUGUGGUCCGUCCCUGUGGAUCAGAUUCAGACAGAGAAGAGUCUCUGGACAAAACCGGGGACAAAACUGAGACUGGACCAGGAGAAGGCAGCAGUGAUGUAGUGGACUCUGUGCUCCAAACUGACAGUGGUCACCGGACCACCCGCUCAGACCUCGCAUUCUGCCACUCUUCCCUGGAGAACGCAGAGCCAACGCCAACCGAUUAUACAGGCCCAGCGGAUGACGGCAUCUCCUGUUCCCAUGGCGACUACCCCUGCCGAUUCACAGAGCAGCGGGCCAUGUCCCAGCGGGUGAUUCCACACCGCGUGUUUGCCCCCGUCUGCCUCCUGCAAGAAGCCCAGCUGGUCUUAAACCUCCUGCCUCGGUGUUUGGCUGCUGCUCACUCUGUUCUGGGAGUUCAUCCAUUUCCUCGCCUUGAUGUUCUCAUUGUCCCCGCUGGGUUCUCCAGUCUGGGCAUGGCCAGCCCACACAUCGUCUUCCUGUCCCAGAGCGUCUUGGGUGUUUCUGAAGGGGCUUCCCCGAUGGAGUCCUCCCUCUGUGGGUCCAGAUUAUGUCAUGAGAUCGCACACUCCUGGUUCGGUUUGGUUAUCGGAGCGAGAGACUGGACCGAAGAGUGGAUCAGUGAAGGAUUUGCCACCUUCUUAGAAGAUAUCAUAUGGGCCCAAGCUCAGCAACUCUCAGUGCAGGAGGCAGCAGAACAGUCUGACCUGAAGGCUCUGCUGAGGUGGAGACGAUUGUCAGAUGAGCUACACAACUCACAAGAACAACUACAGAUUCUCCGACCCAACCUGGACAGCACUGGUGCGGUGAGUGAGUCCGGAUCUUCUACAGUCAAACAUGCUCUCAACCCGGACAAAACAUUCAUGCAAGUCCAUUAUCUAAAGGGCUACUUCCUUCUCAGAUUCCUGGCCAGUGAAGUCGGCGAACAACAGUUUAUCGAUUUCUUCCGAGUGUUUGUGAAGAAAGUCCACGGACAGCUCAUUCUCUCUCAGGACUUCCUGAAAAUGGUGCUGUUUACCUUUCCUGACAUUGAGAGAAAAGGCCUCACCCUCAGUUCGAUUUAUGCUGACUGGCUCGAUCGUCCGGGAAUUCCAACGUGGCUGCGCGAUCGGAGCUCCGUGUGGUUACAAGCGAGCCUGCUGCAAGAAGUCAAAGCCGAGGUUGUAAAAUGGAUUCUCCCCAGCCGAAGUCAUCAGGAGAAGGGCAGAAAGCGGAAGAGACCGGAGACCAAGGUGAACCACAAAAAGUUGUCUUCAGACCAGAUGGUGAUGCUCCUUGAACUGCUGCUUGAAGAGGAGACGAUGAGCCACGCCACAAUGCUCCGUCUGCAGAAAGUCUUCGGUCUGCAGAGGCAAGACGCUGAGGUCAGACAUCGCUGGUGUGAGCUGGUUGUGAAACACGGCUUCUCUCAGGCGUACAGAGAUGUGGAGCACUUCCUCAUUCAUGACCAGGCGAUGGGAGUGUAUCUGUACGGAGAGCUGAUGGUCCAAGAAGACGCCCGACAGCAGGCUCUGGCUCGCCGCUGCCUCACGCUGGUCAGAGAGGAAAUGGACCCCUCAGCUCGCAGAGUGGUGGAGGAGAUGGUGCUUUAGUGAACAGGUUGCUAACUCCAGAUGGCGACGACAGACACUUGGCCCGGGCGCUCACCUCCUUUUGCUCAGUAGAAGAAGAGGGGAACGCCACAAUGUGUGUACGCCCACGCUCGCCCGCCUCUGCCAACCUCUGCCAACUGUUCUGCACACACAGCACCGCAACCAGCUCGGCCUGUCACCAUAACACAUUGUAAAGUAUGAUAUAUUGCUGAAGAAAAUCAAGAAUUCUAUUUGAAGUCUGUUUCUGUAACUUUGUAAACCGUGAAGUAGUGAAAACAUUUCGCCGAACCUUGAGUUUAAAUGUUUUUGGACUUUAGACUUUUGCAUUUUGAAUAUUAGUUAUGACAUUGUUGGUUAGCCUUUGCGAUGUCUUUGAACUUUUAAACACAAAAAUGGACUCUUUCUUUUCUUUAAGCCAUGUUAUAAUGCUGUUCCUUCAUCAAAAACAUACCAGGACUUGUGCUGUUGUUUAUUAUUAGUCUGUCUACAUCUCCAAAACUCAAAAUGCUCCGUUCCAUCUUUUCGAUUUCAUGUAUUGGUAGUUUUCAAGUUACCAGCAACCUUUUACCAUUUGCUCAGUAGAAAUUGGCAAUUACAGCCCUGAAAUCAUCUAAAUGAUUCAGGUGAAGGUGUAUGGAGUUUAAAAACAUGGUGGAGCAGAGGGUUCGAGAGAAGUUGUCAGCCUAAAUACGUAGGGUUUUUGUAUUAAACAUGUGUGAAUGAAACAAAACACAACUCCAGGUAUGUUCUGUAUGAGGAAACAACAUUAUAACAGAUCAGAAAAUCCCGUGAAAUGUUUUUUUAUGAUGAUUUUUAAAGUCUACGAGGAAAAAAAAAUUAUGCAAACUUUACUUCUGGAACCAGGGCGGACGUUCUGUUGAGCUCCUUUGCUCUCCAAGUCGAUGUAGUGUUUAUUGUGACAGGCCUAGAAUCAUCUAAGAGCUGCUCGUACUAUUUAUACUUUGCAGCGACAUCACGCUGGGGGUGUUCUAUAAUGCAUUGCUAUCGAUGGAAUUUUCAGCGGUUACCAUGGUGACACGACGCACACAUCGGCAAACGCAGACAUAAAAAGUUUUAAGAUUGUCUGAAGAGUCAAGAAAAAAUACAAAAUGGGUUUAAGAUAGAUAUUUUCAGGAUUCUCUGAUUAAGUCAAGCACAGGGACAAAUUGAAAAACUGUACAGGGUUCCCACGGUCAUGGAAAUCCUGGAAAAGUCAUGGAAUUUUAGCAUCUCUUUCAUGCAACUACAGCGUUCUGUUAAGUUAUCAUUAGGCUAUUAUGAUUAUUUCUGAACGUAUACGCCUUUUGUUUAAAAGAAACGACAAUAAAUGCACUGACAGUAUUUUUAAUGUAAAAAAAAGUUUAAUACCAAACCAUAAGUUGAGUAGAAAGGGUUAACAUUUCAUAUUUAGCUCUGAAAGUAUGAUCAGUUCUACACAUGUAGGUGCCAUAAACUCAUAGAAAAUUUACUUUAGGUCAUGAAAAAGUUUUGAAAUUUUGUCAGUGAAAAAGAGUGGGAACCCUGACCAAUCUCACCUUUUAAAUCAGUUCUUUCUGGUCAGAUUGUGUCAAAAUAAAGUUCAGAUUAAAGUCUAACUUGAGUACGAGAGCUUCUAACAGAGUAGUGCUUUCAGUUAGCGUCACAGCCCCGGGGAGAGUUCGCGACAUCAGCUGCAAAGUAUCAAUAACCCAGAGAAACAGCGCGUCCCCUUUCACCUGUUUAAGUGGAGCGCAGAAGUGCUCAGACCUCCGUGGGUGACCGUGGGUGACGUGAAGGCAGAGCUCCAUGUGUGUUUAGUCUGAGGGAAAGAGCUGGUUCUUCGUUUAGACUGGAAAUACCUUCUGGGGAGCCGUGUUUUUACCCACAAUAUAUGACCUCAGAGCGGCCCCCACACUGGAAAAUACUUGAUACUCAACCCUCAGGACUAUUGGUUUUUAAUACAGUCUAUGGUGUCAUAUACAGUGUUUAUAGUACGGUGUAAUAGACAAACCAGGAGACUUGGAGAACAUAAAUUGAAAUCUGCUUUCUCUUUGGUAUUUAGUUUGAUCAUAUUUGCCUGUAUAUUUAGUAUAAUUGUUUUUUAACCCUUCCAGACCAACUAUAUCGUACAUGAUACUUGGGAAUAUGUUUUAUACUUUUUAACUCUGUAUAAAUUUCCAACCAUAAAAGAUAGAAACUUACUUAUUUUCCCCUUGAAAAGCUGAGACUUGCAGCUUUCCAUCAUUAUCUUACGUCAGACCUGUACGGAGAAACAAGUGUCCAAUAGGAACGCUGUUUUCCGCCAAACGUAUGCGCUCCAUCCAUUAUGAUUGGCCCAAACUUUGCCAAAGAGUGUAGUGAGUCAAGAUGAUCGACUGCUCUGAGCGUCUGUGUUCGUAACAAUUGAAAAAGCCGCUCUAAGUUCAGUUAUUUCUCAAGAAAGUGUUAAAUUACUUACCUUGGUCUGCGUAAUAGUAGCUUGACUCAUCAGCCGGUUUUACUUCGUUUCACUUCAUACAAACCGUCUGACCUCGCAGCGUUAGAAUUUGUUCGCUCGAUGGUAGGCGGGUACUUUUUAUCAUUUAACCAAUCGCUGCUAUUUGGUCGUGACGUAUGUAAUGCGAAACUAACAGGGCUAACUGGUGUAUUAAGCUUUUCCCAAAUCCCACAGGAAGAAGGGCAAUAACGUCUUUCCCCUUGAUAAAAUUCACCAAACAUUCUCUUUGUUCCGGCUUUAAAUCCUCGAUCUCGGGAAUCGUUGACAACACUGAAUAUAUGGCUCUUCGAUGAUUGGCUGAUGUCCGAACUUGCACUUCCAGGGUUUUUGCGAACCUUCUCGUGUAUUUUGAUCCCUGACCUAGUCGCUGGAGAGAAAUGAAAUUGAGCGGAGGCACUAGGUCGCACCAGACUGGCUAGCGUAAUAGUGCAGAAUGUACAAACACAAAUGUAAUAAACACCGUGGAAAUUCAUGGACGUGAUGUGGCUCUCUGCCAGGAGAGGAAAAAUGGACUAAAACUGCCUUUAGGUCUGGAAGGGUUAAUAUCUAUCAUUUUAUUUGUCCGUUACAUUGUCAAGUUAUUUCUUCUACCUUCUUUUGUAUUUGAUUUCACAACUUUUUUGUGAUUGAGUUUGAUAUUUUGAGAUACAUGUAUUUUUUGCAUCUUUGUUCUUUUGUAUUACCAUUUGUACGUUUUGUAAAAAUCAUUGAAUUUUCUGUAAACGAUGCUGUAAUUGUCUAGUUGUAACAUAAAUGUGCAUUAUUUUACUCGUCUGCCAACUGCUUGUUAUGUAAUCACUAAAUAAAUACAUUAAAAAACACGCGUUCUCACUGUGAACUUGGUCGCCUCUCCACAGAUCUGACCUGUGACUUGGUCUAGAGACGUGACCUUAUUAUUAUUAUCUAUAUCUGGAUAAGUAUAAUGACAUUUUAAGUACAGCUGUAACAUCUCCAUGGAGACAAGCAGGUGGCAGACCUUACACCUGAAAAGUUCCAUAGUGCACCUUUAACGUGUAACCUCAGUAAUCACGGCGGUUAAAUCUCUUGUGAUGAAAUAUUAAUUGGUUUUAAUUUGAACACUGGCGUCUUUGUUGUAUUCAAAUGUGAAGACACCGAAAUGCGACAUGAAUUUUUAAACACGAGAUUUGCUUUUUUAUAUUUUUAUGAACCAAUUGUAUCGUUUUUGAAAUGUACCACCAGCUCCACGAUCAAUAAAAUAAAAUGUGCAG